AUAUGCCAGAACCUAAAGUUGCACCGAAGAAAGGAGCCAAGAAAGCGGCGCCGAAGAGCGGCUCUAAAACCGGCAAGAGGAGGGUGAAGCGGAGGAAGGAGAGUUAUGCCAUCUACGUGUACAAGGUGUUGAAGCAGGUCCACCCCGACACCGGGAUCUCCUCCAAGGCCAUGAGCAUCAUGAAUUCGUUCGUCAACGACAUUUUCGAGCGCAUCGCCAGUGAGGCAUCUCGUCUGGCUCACUACAACAAGCGGUCUACCAUCAGCUCCAGAGAGAUUCAGACCGCCGUCCGCCUGCUGCUGCCCGGUGAGCUGGCCAAGCACGCCGUGUCCGAGGGCACCAAGGCCGUGACCAAGUACACCAGCUCGAAGUGAACAGCUGCUUGUGCGGCAACACAACGGCUCUUUUAAGAGCCACACACGCAACCGAACAGCAAAGUGGCCUCACUUUAAAACCUUAUCAGUACUUACUGAUAUUAUUGUUUGGCUGGAAGGAGCAAGUUACUGUGAUACAACAGUAUGAUAAAAGCAUAAACAUGGAGCACUUACUGUUUAAAAAGUUGGUAUAAAUUGUUAAAUCCAAAUGAAUGUGGGCAGUUUACAGGUGAAUAAAAAGUGCUUUGUCAUAACUUCUUGUUCAGAAAUAGAACAAUAAAACCGUUUUUCCUCCA